AGAAAGUCGGAGCUUCUCUUUGAGCUCUGAUUGAACACUUGGAUUUGAGCGGUUAGAAUCAGUGGAGGGCUAUACGAUCCUCGGCAGUGUUCUGAGACUGUAUAGCCUCGCUUCUCUUAUUCUAAGGAGAAUUUUAAACCACCAUGGACUUUAUUUUUUGAUCUGACGACACUACGGUGUGAAUUUUUUACUUAAAAAAUUAAAUCAGCCUGAGUGCAGAUUAUUGACUUUGUUUAUUGACCGUCUAAACCUUGAGGAAAGUGCGAGAGUUGGACCGAGCUUGUUAAAGAUGACAGCUGAUAAAGACAAGAAGCGGAGCACGUCAGAGCGGCGUAAGGAGAAAUCUCGUGAUGCGGCCCGUUGCAGACGCAGUAAGGAGACAGAGGUGUUCUACGAGCUGGCGCACCAGUUACCCCUGCCUCACAGUGUUAGCUCCCACCUGGACAAAGCCUCCAUCAUGAGACUGGCCAUCAGCUUCCUUCGAACAUGCAAAAUUCUAACUACAGGAGCAGGCUGCAGUGACAGUAAAACAGAUGCAGACAGACAGAUAGACAGUCUUUAUCUGAAGUCUCUGGAAGGCUUCAUCUCAGUUGUGACAACAGAUGGAGACAUGAUCUUUCUGUCAGAGAACAUCAACAAAUUCAUGGGCCUGACUCAGGUCGAAAUGAUCGGUCACAGUAUCUUUGAUUUCACACAUCCCUGUGACCACGAUGAGAUCCGUGAGAACCUGAGCCUCAAAACUGGUGCAGGAAAAAAAGGCAAGGAGUUAAGCACAAAAAGAGACUUCUUCAUGAGAAUGAAAUGUACAGUGACAAAUCGAGGCCGCACAGUCAAUCUCAAAUCAGCCAGCUGGAAGGUGCUGCACUGCACAGGCCACCUGAGAGUGUAUAACAGCUGCCCUUCACGCACUCGGUGUGGGUUUAAAGAGCCGCCAUUAACCUGUGUGGUCAUGUUAUGUGAACCCAUCCCUCACCCCUCCAACAUUGACACGCCACUCGACAGCAAGACCUUCCUCAGCCGACACAGCAUGGACAUGAAGUUCACCUACUGUGAUGAAAGAGUAACUGAGUUGAUAGGCUACAGUCCUGAUGAUCUCCUGGGUCGCUCUGUCUAUGACUUUUAUCAUGCGCUCGACUCGGAAAAUGUUACCAGAAGCCACCAGAACUUAUGCACAAAAGGUCAGGCUGUGAGUGGUCAUUACCGAAUGUUGGCCAAGCACGGGGGUUAUGUGUGGAUGGACACACAAGGCACUGUCAUCUACAACAGCCGCAACUCUCAACCACAGUGCAUUGUGUGCAUCAACUACGUCCUGAGUGACAUCGAGGAGAAGUUAACAAUCUUCUCCAAAGACCAGACCGAGUCUCUGACCCACCACAUGAGUAGUUUCUUCAGCCAGCCUCCAACGAGCGUGGCCUCUGAGACGGGAACUCUUUUCACCAAGCUCAAAGAAGAACCCGAGGAUCUCACCAUCCUGGCACCAAAUCCUGGCGAUACUGUUGUCACCCUCAGCUUUGGUCGUCCUCAGUUUGAGGAGUUCCCAGGAUGUGCUAAAGUUCCUACAAUGCAUCCUCCUGCAACUCAUUCCAUCACUGAGAGCCAGAAAAUGGCCAACCUGGGUGCCAACUUUAGUGUUCCUCAGACUCCACAGCCAAGCAGUGCUACUCCUAGCUUAAGCAGCUGCUCUACGCCCAGCAGUUCAGAAGAUUACUACUGCUCAGUGGAUAGUGAGCUGAAGAUGGAGCUUACUGAGAAACUGUAUGCUAUCGACACACAGGGGACACAUUCCUACAGCCAAGAGACUGACCUGAGUGAUCUGGAUCUGGAAACACUGGCUCCAUACAUACCAAUGGAUGGCGAAGACUUCCAGCUGAGUCCCAUCUGUCCUGAAAAGACUCCAUGUAAGUCUGUAACUUUGGGAUCCACCCAGCAAACCUUCAGCAACAUUGCCAGUCUCUUUCAGCCUCUGAAACCUCCUCCAGGCGCCAACUUCCAGCCCAGCUCGAGCUCUGGUAACGAAAAGCAGAGGCCUGGUGCUGGAACGAUGGAGCCCUGGCCCAACAUAUUGUAUGCCAACCCUUGGGCAGGAGCCCCAUACCACAACCCAACCAGCACACCUCUGUCUUCUAUGGGUGGGCAUCAGAAUUUGCAAUGGCCUCCUGAUCCUCCAAUUAAUUACUCCAAUGCCAGGAGCGGUGUGAUGGACUCACUGGACGAAAACUCUUCCUGCCAGGAUUUGUCAACUAAUCAGAUUCUACUCCAUAAUCAAAGAUCCAUGGAGAAAUAUGGACUUGAUGAAGUCUUCAGAGAUAUAAACCCAGCCCAGCUCUCAAAAGCAAGGAGCAUGAAGCGCUCAUUUUCACAAAUGAGUAUGGUGACAUCUUCUACCAAGCCGUCAGACAUGAUGUGGAAAAGGACGAGGAAUGAGAACUGUGCUGUUCUGAACAGGAUGUCCCAAAGCACCGGUUCCUUAAUAGAAAAAGGUCUGGAACAGCAACACAGGAAGACUCAGUAUCGAGGUAAUCAGACAGACCUUGCAAAAAAACUCUACCCUGAACAGUUCUGUAACCACAGCGAGUACAUGCUACCUAGCACAAAGAUGGAAGGUGUGGCGAGUCGUCUGCUUGGGCCUUCCUUCGAGAUGUACUGCCUGCCCGAGCUGACACGUUAUGACUGUGAGGUGAACGUCCCGCUGCAAGGCAACCUGCACCUAUUGCAGGGCAGAGACCUUUUGUGUGCUUUAGACCAGGCUACCUAGAGCUGCCUGUUCUUUACACAUUAACCCAGCUAUACCAGGCACAGCUCUGACUGUGUCCAGCAAAAUCCUGGUCUAUUAUUACUCACUUACUUCACUGUGUGUUUUAGUAUUUACUGGCAUUCUACAUAUCAAUUCAUAUAAAUUCAUAUCAAUCUAUGUACUAACUUCUCAGUAAAAUCAGACAGGUGUGCUAGACCAGUGGAAAUCACUGGGCAGAGUAGGAAGACUUUAAUGCACACGCAUUUGUCGUACCAUAUAUAAUGAGAAUGUAGCUUUGUUUUUGUUUUUAAUUGUCCUUUAUAAAUUAUAUGCAGUUUUCUAUAUGACACUAUAUACACAUGAUAAUAUUUUAGUUACAGAGCUCUUUCUUAAUGAGCUGAUAUUUGCAUUGGUUUAUGUUUAGAGUUGUAUUGUCAUCAGUCUAUUUCUGUCAUCAGCAUCUUUCUCUAUGUCUCGGUCUGCCUGUCAUACACUAAAAGCAGCACUACUGUGUUGAAGAAAGAUUAUCUACUGUGAGAAUGUUGUUUUAAACUUUCUUUAUCUCUUAGAAUUCCCUACCUCUGACAUUUAAAGCCUUUUACUUGCUACAUUUAUGCAUGAGUUAGUCCCUUCUGUUCAAUUCAUAGUACUCUGGUUAGUCUGUAACACUUCUUGUCUUUCUGUCAAUCUCUCAUUUUCUCUUAUUUCCCUUUUAUUUUAUGUGGUGACCACUCUAUAUAUAAAGUGUUUUUUUUUUUUUCAUUUUAAUGUAAACGAUAUUUUAAGGAACAUAGUCUAAGUUUUUAUCCUAAAGUUCUUUAUAUUGUUAGAUUUGUAGCAGUCGUAUAUUUGGGUACUUUGUCUUAUCUACUCAGUAGAUGUGGAUCAGAGUGCUGAUUUAAAUUUAUCUAUAGUGCUGGUAUUCCUUUUCAGUGGCAUCCCCCAUUCCCUUUCGUGAUACACAGAGGCAUGUAUUAUUUGUUGGCAGGCCAGUGCAAUUUUAUUUUAUUCUUACUUUAUUAAAUAAAAUGGAUCUGCUUUUAAGAUGUAGCAAAAUAAGUAAAGGUUAAAGGAAAAAUCUUAAUAAAAAAUGUAAUUUACAUUUUAGUACUGAGGUUUAGCUGAGGUUGUCUUUACAGUUGAAUCAUUUCAAAUAACAAAUCAGUUUAUUAAUGGGUUAAUAAAAGUUCACUUAAUCACAGCAUAUUAUCUGUAUCUGUAUUAUCUGUACGGUAUAUUUUACAAAAGCAAACAAUAUUCUACUGCUUAUACAUAAAUAUAUAAUAAAUGAUCUAUAAUUAUAUACUAUAUAUAAUAAUAUUUCAAAAACAACCCCACAGUGUAGUUAAAUAACUUAUCAAUACACUUUUGCAUUAAAGUUGCAAUUUUACACACUUUCUGAAAUAUUUUUUCUCUGUUUUAAAAUUUGACGUAACAUUACUAUUUGGGCACCCAGGUGGCACAGCGGGAUAUUCCGCUAGCACACCAGCGCCGAGAUAAUUGGCAGUGCCUGCAGCAGACAUGUCUCUGCUAGGGCAGGCUGACCGGACUAUGUGGGUGGGGUCUUCAAAAUGCUGUGUAAGGACCCCGAUUGGCAGAUAGAGAGGCGCCUGUGCAGACUGCACAGGUGAAAAAGGGUUCCACUGGGGGCUGCGCGUGGGUCAGAGGAGGCGUGAGCAGCAAUAUACCCACCAUGACUGAAAUCAGGGAUCCCCCAGCAGCGGAAGACAAAUUGACUACACUAAAUUUGGGGAGAAAAUGCAUAAAUAAAAAAGAAAAAUUCAAUAACAUUGCUAUUUGUGUUUAUUAAAGCUAAUGUCUGAUUCGUGAUGGUAAAUAAUAGGGGACUGUGGGACUUUUUUCAUCCAUGGAGUCAAGUUUUGACAGAGUACAUUCAAUCAAUUUUAUUUACAGUGUGGUGCAAAACUUGUACAUUUUGGUUUAUUUUUGGUUUUUCUGUUUACUGAAUUUGGGGAUUCUGACACAGUUUGCAACCCUCAACUGUAAAUGAAGCAAAAUCUAAUAAAGAUCUAAUAUAUUGCAGGUUUGAUAUUGGUCCUAAAUGUAUGAACUUGCUGAACUUCUUUAUAUCUGAUGCAAAGGGGAAGCUGUGGAGAGAUAGCAGACUUCACUAUAGCGAAAGAGAGAUACAGACUGCUCAGCCUGCCAACUGAUGCAGAUCUCUUCAGUCCUAAAAUCUCUCUACAUCUUUUUUUGUCUGAUAAUAAGAUGUUGGAAUUAUAAAAUGUUACAUCUAGUCCACAGUGUGAUGCUCUUUGGCCCUGAUUUGCUAAGAUCUCCAAAUAUCAAGACUAAUUUGUGUAAGGACUUAUAACUUAUAAGUAGCUAAAUGAAAAAUAAAAAUUACAUUUAUAUAGACAGCAUAAAAUGGCAGUUAUCAAUAAACACUUAAAUGUAGAGUGUUAAAAAAAGAAAGAAAGAAAAUCCACUGUUCUUUCAAAAUAGAGGACUAAAUUAUGGGUGGCAUUCUAUAUUAUUAAAAAUCUGUAUUUUUUUUUUUAUGUCAUUUUAAAAAUAUAUCUUUCUGACAUCCAUGCCCUGAACUUAAACAUAUUCUUUAUGUUCAAUUCUUCUUUUUGUAAUUUAAUUGUAAUGUAAUUUGAUAGUGCAAAUUAUGCAUUUAAUUAGUACCUGCCCAUUGUUUUAUUUUACAUUUGGUAAGCCACACCUAGUAUUGACCACAGGAACAUAUGUCAUGUUAAAUGGAAGUUCUAACAUUUAGGGAAAGUCUUUACAUUUAUGGGCUAUGAAUAAUGCUAUCAAUGUUUAACUAAAAUACAAAUAAAACAAAUUACAAAUGGCACCCAGGUGGUGCAGCGGGAAAUUCCGCUAGCACACCAGCACCAAGAUUCUGAACUCCUCGGCGUUGCCACUGGUCGGCUGGGCGCCAUCUAGCAGGCAUAAUUGGCAAUGCCUGCAGCAGACACGGUUCUGCUAGGGUGGGAUGACCGGACUAUGUGGGUGGGGUCUUCAAACACUGUGUAAGGACAGAUAGAGAGGCGCCUGUACAGAAUGCAUAGGUGAAAAAGGGUACCGCAAAGGACUGUGCGCAGGUCGAAGGAGGCGUGAGCAGCAAUAUACCCACCUCGACUGCAAAUUACAAAUAAAACAAUGUCUUAACAACCCAAGUCUUUAAAAAAUGGUUAAGUUCAGUUCUCUAAGAUGUGUUUGAAGCGAUGGCAUACUUUUAGCAUCCUUACUCAUUAGUAACAGUCAACAAAUUUGCACCAACAAAUAUUAAUGUUCAUAUUUUCAAUAUUGUUGCUAACAAUCACUCCAUUAGUCGAAGCGUAAAAUUCUUCACUUCACCUCCUGUGCAAAGAUGUUCCAAAUGCUAUAGCAUCUGAACAGUUUAUACCUUAUAAAAGAUAUCAUUUCUUUUUUUACUGUAUUGAAAUUGUCCUUCAUACCCACUUAACCAGUUUGUUAUUUGGUGAUAUUUUUCACUAUUUUAUCCUAAAUUGUUAGUUAUGACGGGUGGACAUUGUUUACACAGCACACAUGAGUGAUUUAAUUUCUAAUUAUUAGCACACCUACACCUACCAGAUGGUUGAACUCUGUGGGUAUACAAAUACUGACUGUAGCCCAUCUUCUCCUCUUUACACUUCGUCUCUCUCGUCCCCUAUCUAAUCAGUCAAAAGUGACCCUCAUAGCCACAAUGACUAGAUGGUGUUUGAGUGGUAGAUCAUUCUCACUACUCCAGUGGCACCAACCAAAAUGUCAUUGUGCAUUAAAAAAGAAACUGUACACCUAAAACUAACAGGAUAGCUGUUCAUAGUAAAUAGGUUAUUAAGUUUUAAUAGUAUUUUUAAUCACAACACACACUGCAAUGCCAUUACCAUAUUAGUGCCAUUGCAGUACUGAGCAUGAUCCCCAAGCAUCAUCUGGUCAGUGGGGGUCCUGUGGGGUCCCCUUCAAAUAAUAAAUGAGGUACAGAGCAGUGACAAAGCUACGGAUGGGCUAAUAAGACGUUCCCUUCAACAUCUCCCCAAGCUAAAAUCUAUCCCACAAUCAUAUUAAAGGUAAACAUGCCAUGUUUGUGUCCUGGCAGUUUCAUGUGGUCAAUAAUAAACAAAUCAGUUUCAAGUUUUUGCAGAUUUCAUUGUAGGUUGUAAAUUAAAUUCCACUUACCAUUAAACUUGUAGUGAAUAAAAUUCAACUAUAAAGACAAUAUCAGCUUUGAAUGUUUUUAGACAAGUAAACUUUGUUUCUUUAGAGUUUGGACUGGACAGUGGCAGCAAGCAAUGAAUUUUGAUAUGCUAAAUGAAUAUUGACAUUAUUAUGAUAUAUUAUUAUUGUUAAUAUUUCUUUAUGGGAUGUUUUACCCAGUGAAAAGUUGUAUCUCUGCACUGAUAUCUUAUUAAAGCAUAUUGAUCUAUACUUUGUGUGAUUUCUUGUAUUUGUGUGUCUCAGUAUAAUGGAUAAUCAGGAAAAGUUGGGGCAGUAUGGAAAAUGCAAAUUAAAAAAAAUAAAAGUGUUUUUAAAUUUA